UCGUACAGCAAUACAACGUGAACCGGCUACCACUUUUGUGUUUUGAUUUUGCUACCUGGUUACGGUUCUUUUGUAAUUGCUUUGUUAUUUCAAACCCGAUACUAAAAUACAGGGAAAUUAAUCACCGUAAAUGUUGAACAUUUUGUCUAUUUGGUUAUGCUUUUGGCAAACUGCUGAGUGUGUAUUUAGGUUACCUAACGUUAGCUAGUUAGGCUAUGUCAACGUGCUGUUGUGUAAAGACAGUACUUUACAAACUCCCAUGAUUUUGUCAAUGCAUCCUAGCCAGUUGAUUUACUGAUUAGGGAGUUGUCUAUUGUUGGUCAGCAAAUUGCUAGUUAGCAAGCUACACACUUUGCAUCUUUAGAUUUAGGUGGUUGGCUAUCAAGUUCUCAUUCCAUUUAUUCAUAUCUCUGUGGGGCUAUUGUCUACUCCAGGACAGUAUCAUUCAUUGUGGUGAACAGUGGGACCAGACAUAAAGACCAGAGAUGUCUGACGAUGAUGAAGCACCGCUGGUGAAGAAGACCAGGAUUUUCUAUGGCAGUCUGGAGGAGAAGGAGAGGGAGAGGCUGGGACGAGAGUCCUCUGGGUCAGGCAAAGAUUCUGUCAAAGCAGGCAUCGAGGCUGGCAACAUCAACAUCUCCAGUGGUGAGUCCCUUGAGCUUGAGGAGCACGUGAGUGAGCGCCAGUCUGAGGUAUUGGCAGACUUUGAGCGCAGAAAGCGAGCGAGACAGAUCACAGUAUCCACAGACGAUGCAGAGGUCAAAGCUUGCUUACGGGCCCUUGGGGAGCCAAUCACACUGUUUGGUGAGGGGCCUGCUGAGAGACGAGAGAGGCUGAGGAAUAUCCUUUCUGUAGUGGGCCCAGAUGCACUAAAGAAAUCUAAGAAGGAUGAUGAGAGAUCCAAACGUUCCCAAGAGGAGUGUCAGCAGACGUGGUACCACGAGGGACCGACCACUCUGAAGGAGGCAAGGCUAUGGUUGGCCAGAUACUCUCUGCCCAGGGCUGUGAAGAGGUUAGAGGACGCCAGAGCUCACAGGGAGAUUCCAGAAUCCACACGAACAGUCCGAACGCAAGAACUUCACAAGACCCUCAGGAACCUGAGUAACUUCUGCAGUCAAAUCGGUGACGACAGACCUAUAUCCUUCUGCCAGUUUAGCCCUAACUCCAAAAUGCUUGUGACUGCAUCUUGGAGUGGCCUGUGUAAACUGUGGAAUGUUCCAGACUGCACCCUUAUCCGUACUCUUCGGGGCCACAACACACACGUGGGGGCCAUCUGUUUUCAUCCUCAGGCCACUCGGACUCUGGACGACUCUGAUGUUAACAUGGCCUCCUGUGCUGCCGACGGCUCCGUCAAACUCUGGAGUCUGGACAGGGAUGAGCCUGUAGCUGACAUCGAGGGUCACUCCCAGAGGGUAGCACGAGUAGCCUGGCACCCCUCUGGACGCUUCCUGGGCACCACCUGCUAUGACAACUCCUGGAGGCUGUGGGACCUGGAGGCCCAGGAGGAGAUCCUGCACCAGGAGGGACACAGUAAAGGAGUCCACGACCUGCACUUCCAUCCUGACGGCUCUUUGGCAGGCACUGGGGGUCUGGAUUCGUUUGGGCGUAUUUGGGACCUUCGGACCGGGCGCUGUGUGAUGUUCCUGGAGGGCCACCUCAAAGAGAUCUACAGCAUCGACUUCUCUCCCAACGGCUACCACGCAGCAACAGGAAGUGGGGAUAACACCUGUAAGGUGUGGGACCUGCGUCACAGGAAGUGCAUCUACACCAUCCCCUCCCAUCAGAACCUGGUGUCCUCCAUCAAAUUCCAACCCAUUGACGGUCACUUCCUCCUGACCGGGGCCUAUGACAACACAGCCAAGGUGUGGACCCACCCGGGCUGGUCCCCCCUGAAGACCCUGGCAGGCCACGAGGGCAAGGUGAUGGGCGUGGACAUGUCCCCUGACGGACAGCUCAUCGCCACCUGCUCCUACGACCGCACCUUCAAGCUCUGGAUGUCAGAGUGAGCAGGGGAGGGAGUAUCACCCAUAGAAAUAGAAUGGCAUUCUAUGGUACCACCUGUACCACUAUUUCUAUGGUACUACCUGUACCACACCUGUACUACUAUUUCUAUGGUAAUACCUGUCAUCCCAUGCAAAUAGAAGAUCUUAAACCAAGAUCUGCUAAAUAUUUGCUUUUUCACGAUUGACGGAUGACUCUUUGAACAUCCUAAAUAUUCUGAAUUGUACACUUGUCUGAUUUACAUUUAGUAGAUGGUUAAAUUAUUAUUGAACAACAACGUUAUCGAGUCUCCUGAUGUUGUCUACAACUUUGAAGUUGUGGGCAUACCUCCUGUCCUUUCUCCCAGAUUAUUUUUAAAAUAAUAUGUUUUAGGUGAUUUGUAAACACGUAUCAGUUGGUGUCAGAAGUCGAUCCAAUUGCCCUUUGUCUUGUUUUUAAUAAAAACAUAAACUCCA